GCGCCUGCAAAUGAGGCCGUUGCGUACAAAACCGUCGUCUUCCGCAGUGGCCUCCACGGAGACAUCACAGAAUACCAAGGCCCUGAUCCCGAGGUCAAUGGCAGGUGGGAAGAACUGUAUAAUGGUUUCGGCGUCUCCCUUAUAAGCCAGGCGUCAGCUCGCAAGCUCCCUAACGCCACCACUCCCUUACCACAAGACCGGUCUCUCUACGUUGUGCAGCUGGAUGUGUUCCACCAGCUUCACUGCCUCAACCGUCUGAGGAAGCUUCUGUACCCAGAUGUGUAUCCUACGGACGUUUCCUCGGGCUCGCCCGAAGCCACAGACACGCUGUAUCACCUUGAGCACUGCGUUGAGUCGCUCCGGCAGUCGCUGCAGUGCGGGUCUGACACGAGCACGAUCUUCUGGGAGUGGAGUCCCGCCAAUGCCAAGAUGAUGGGCAAUACAGCGACCACACACACGUGCAGGGACUUUGAUAGGAUACGGGACUGGGCGGUUCGUCAUAAGCUUGACGGGGACUUUGACAUGCUUGUGGAGGUAAAAGGGGCACCGAUUCGUCAGGCUGGGUGA